GGAAAGAGGAAAUUGUGGCAAGACCAACUGCUCUCAACUUGUCACUAAGUUAUGGUAUUUAAAGUAGAUUAAUAGGAUAACGUUUUAAAGUAAACUUAACAUCAGGUUUUUCUGUAUUUCACGUUCCGCCUUCCUCGCACUGCGAGGCCCGGGAAGGGGAAGUGACGUGCAUCCGGUGUAAUGGCGGCGCGGUGGAGCUCCAGGUAAUGUUUGCAAACAGAAAAAAUAAACUGUCAAGGAAUUCAUACUGUUUGGUACCUGUUAUUUGGACCAACUUAAGGAGUCUUUGAUUUAUCAGACCAACUGGCAACAAAAAAUGAAAAGUAGUGUGGCACAGAUAAAACAUUCUUCUGGUCAUGACAGAAGGGAGAACUAUAACUCCUGUCAGAGGACCUCCUCUCCAGAUGACAGAUAUGCAGAACAAGACCGAUCCCCUCGGGAUAGAGAUUACGUAGAUUACAGCAGGGCAGACUACGAACAUUCAAGGAGAGGACGUUCUCAUGAUAGUAGCAUGGAGUCGCGAAGUAGGGACCGAGAAAAACGCAGGGAAAGAGAAAGGGAUGCAGAUCGUAAAAGGUCUCGGAAAUCCCCAACUCCUGGGAGAAGAAGCCCAGAACCAUCAGUAACCCAGAGUUCCUCUGCUCAGGAUGAACCUACCGCAAAGAAGAAGAAAGAUGAACUGGACCCUCUUCUUACUCGUACUGGUGGAGCGUAUAUUCCUCCUGCGAAGCUCAGGAUGAUGCAAGAGCAGAUUACAGAUAAAAACAGCUUAGCAUACCAGAGGAUGAGCUGGGAGGCUCUAAAGAAAUCAAUCAAUGGUCUUAUCAACAAAGUCAACAUUUCUAAUAUAGGUAUUAUUAUUCAAGAACUUCUUCAAGAAAAUAUAGUUAGAGGAAGAGGACUGUUGUCCAGAUCUGUUUUGCAAGCACAGAGUGCUUCUCCAAUCUUCACCCAUGUUUAUGCAGCAUUAGUGGCGAUUAUCAACUCAAAAUUUCCACAAAUUGGAGAAUUAAUCCUCAAGAGGUUAAUUCUUAAUUUUCGAAAAGGCUAUCGAAGAAAUGAUAAGCAACUUUGUCUGACUGCUUCAAAAUUUGUGGCACAUCUUAUUAACCAAAACGUGGCACAUGAAGUUUUGUGCCUAGAGAUGCUCACUUUGCUCCUGGAAAGACCAACCGAUGAUAGUGUUGAAGUAGCUAUUGGUUUUCUCAAGGAAUGUGGCCUCAAAUUAACACAAGUGUCACCAAGAGGAAUCAAUGCUAUAUUUGAGCGCCUUCGAAAUAUUCUCCAUGAGUCUGAAAUUGACAAAAGAGUUCAGUAUAUGAUUGAAGUGAUGUUUGCUGUACGAAAGGAUGGAUUUAAGGACCACCCUGUUAUCUUAGAAGGACUUGACUUAGUAGAAGAAGAUGAUCAGUUCACUCAUAUGCUUCCUCUGGAGGAUGACUACAAUCCAGAAGAUGUUCUUAAUGUUUUCAAGAUGGAUCCUAAUUUCAUGGAGAAUGAAGAGAAGUACAAAGCUAUUAAGAAAGAAAUUCUUGAUGAGGGAGAUAGUGACUCAAAUACAGACCAAGAUGCUGGAAGUAGUGAAGAGGAAGAGGAAGACGAGGAGGAAGAGGGAGAAGAAGAUGAAGAAGGACAAAAAGUGACUAUUCAUGACAAAACAGAAAUUAAUCUAGUCUCAUUUCGUCGUACAAUUUAUCUUGCUAUUCAGUCAAGCUUAGAUUUUGAAGAAUGUGCUCACAAAUUGCUGAAAAUGGAGUUUCCUGAAAGCCAAACAAAAGAACUCUGCAACAUGAUACUUGAUUGCUGUGCCCAACAAAGGACAUAUGAGAAAUUUUUUGGCUUAUUAGCUGGGCGAUUUUGCAUGCUAAAAAAAGAAUACAUGGAAUCCUUUGAAAGUAUAUUCAAAGAACAAUAUGAUACCAUCCAUCGCUUGGAAACAAACAAAUUGAGAAAUGUUGCUAAGAUGUUUGCUCACCUUUUAUACACUGAUUCACUUCCAUGGAGUGUUCUUGAAUGUAUAAAACUGAGUGAAGAAACUACUACAUCAUCCAGUAGAAUUUUUGUUAAAAUAUUUUUCCAAGAGCUGUGUGAAUAUAUGGGUCUUCCUAAACUUAAUGCAAGACUGAAGGAUGAAACCCUACAGCCAUUUUUUGAAGGGUUAUUACCCCGAGAUAAUCCAAGAAACACUCGGUUUGCCAUCAACUUCUUCACGUCUAUAGGACUUGGAGGUUUAACGGAUGAAUUGCGCGAACAUCUCAAAAAUACACCAAAGGUCAUUGUGGCACAGAAACCAGAUGUGGAGCCAAAUAAGUCCUCCCCCUCCUCUUCCUCUUCCGCAUCCUCAUCUUCAGAGUCUGACUCUUCUGCCUCUGAUUCGGACAGCAGUGACAGCAGCUCCGAGUCUUCCAGUGAGGAGAGCGAUUCUUCAUCCAGCAGCAGUCAGAGCUCUGCCUCAGCUAAAGAUAAAAGAAAGAAGGGACAGGGGAACACCAGAAGUAAAGAAGUAGAUAAGUUGAUCAGGAAACAGCACGCACAUGAUAGGAAACAAGAAGAAAGAAGACCAGAGCAAAGGCAUCAGGAAAUAAGGACUGAAAGAGAAAGGAUGUCAGAAAAACAUAAAGAUAAAAACUCAAGAGAGCCAAAUUGGAGAAAUCCCGUAACAAAAUACAGUGCAGACAGAGGUGUCCCUUCUGAACGAAAUAGUUACAGUAGAAUCGUGAAUGACAGAGACCAAGAAAUGCACACAGAUUUGGAAAAUAAGCAUGGUGAUCUCAAAAAGAAGAGAGGAGAGAGAAGGAAUUCUUUUUCCGAAAAUGAGCACCGGCACCGAAAUAAGGACAAUGAACAUUUUAUAAGAAAAGAUAGGUCAAAGUCAAGAGAAAAGAACAGGAAACAUUCGGGUUCUAGAAGUGAUGAGGAUAGGUGUCAGAAUGGUGCUGAGAAGCGAUGGGAAAAAUCAAGCAGACGCGCUGAACCCUCCAGAGAAUCCAGGAAACAUCCGGACCGGCGAAGAGAAAAGUCUCCAACAAAUAUUUUUCUUAAAAAGGUGAAAAUGAAACUCUUAUGGGUAGAUUUCCGAAGAGGGAAAGGAGAGGAGGAUAAAUUGUAUUUGUGGCUCAUGAAAGAUCCGCAUUGCUCACCUAGUCUAGAGGCCCGGCCAUUGCCUCCCCAGGCGGUCACGGCCAGCCGCUGCCACGCCAGCACCUGCACCACUGUCCGCAUGGCCAAUCUUACAACACAGAAUGUAUUACCAGUGUUCAAAGCCCUGUAUGCAAAUGAUCCAAUGCUUUACUUGAUCCCACGGUCCCCAGGGACAGUACCUGUGCCUCACCUGGCAGGGGUCUGCAGCAACUCCAGACUCUCUAGGUAUGCCCAGAAGGAACUUGAUACUGCCGCCAUUCAUCUUCCCCGAAAGAAGUGUUUACAUCAGAUGUUAUUCCAAGAGCAAGGAGUGAGGACUGAAGGCUACUUUGAUGACUCCUGGCCUGGGAAGCAGGGCUCUACCCUCCUGUACUGCUACCCUUACACCAUCACUUCUUCCUUCUCCAGCACUAUAUCUCCUCAUGAACUGCUGAAACAGGUGAAUCGGUGGUGUUGGGAGUGGAACAUCGUCUCCAUCUUCACGCUUAUCUACAGUGAGGAGAGGAUGGCAAAGGAGCUGGGGAUGCUACCAGAAAUCCAGAGGAGCAGAAGCCCCCCGCCCCCAAGCCUUUCGGAUCCGCGGCGAGGCUGCGAUGCCCUCAGCGCUGCGGGCCUUCCCGGCUCCGCCAGCAAUGCCCAGGCUGCUCAGCGUGGUCUUCCAGCCGAGAGCGGGUCAAAGAGGGAAAGCACAUAG